CCCUUCGGGGGUCCGGGUUGUGGAUGUUUCAGGGCAACCUCCGUCAGCGCACCUGUCUCAUCCCGAAGUGCACCCAGGAAACCCCGGGAGCUUCCAUGGGACCCAGGCGCGCGCACACUGGGGUUUGGCUCCAGUCCCGCAGCGGCGAGGAGAGGGACGGAGUCCCGGCCGCCCCUGCCCACGGAACGGCUGUUCCGCCUCGUCGGCCCAGCUCGCCGGGCUCCGAGACCCGCAGGGAGUGGCGACCCUCGGCCUGCCCGCCAGGAGCCCAGAGGCGGGAAGCCAGCCCGCCCGGGGGCGCUGGGCCCGCCGCCACAGCCGCCGCGCCGCCGCGGAGGACCCGCCACGACCGGCCUCGUUCCCGGGGCGGCUCCUUCCGCCCGCGCACCCGUCCCUCCAUCUCGCGACCCCCGGCCGGCGGCAGUAAGCAGCCGCGGGUCGAGUGGUGGUGGUGGUGGUGGGGGUCCCUGCCACGCCGCCCGCCGCCAUGGAGCCAGGAGCGGCCGGCGACUCCAGGCCCGCCAAGCCGGGGCCUUGCGUGAGCGGCGCGGCCCUAGCGGCCUCCGGCGAGCCCGGGCGCCGCAUGCCGACCGUGGCGGCCGUGCUGCCGGCUGGCGGCUGCGGGGAGAGGAUGGGCGUCGGGACCCCGAAGCAGUUCUGCCCUAUCCUGGAGAGGCCGCUCAUCAGCUACACCCUGCAGGCCCUGGAGAGAGUCUGCUGGAUAAAGGACAUCGUCGUGGCCGUGACCGCUGAGAACAUGGGUGUCAUGGAGCGCAUCGUGCAGAAGUAUCAGCACACCCGUGUGUCACUGGCAGAGGCUGGGGUGACGCGCCACAGGUCCAUUUUCAAUGGCCUCAAAGCCCUGGCAGAGGAUGAGCCUGGCUGCAAGCUCUCCAAGCCGCAAGUUGUGAUCAUCCACGAUGCUGUCAGGCCGUUCGUGGAGGAAGACAUCCUCCUGCAAGUUGCGCUGGCUGCAGAGGAACACGGGGCAGCAGGAGCAAUUCGACCUCUUGUGUCCACUGUCAUCAGCGCCUCUGCUGACGGUUGCCUGGACCACUCAUUGGAGCGCGCCACACACCGGGCGAGUGAGAUGCCACAGGCCUUCUUGUUUGACGUGAUCUAUGAGGCCUAUCAGCAGUGUAGCGACUAUGACCUGGAAUUUGGAACAGAGUGUUUGCAACUGGCUCUAAAGUACAGUGACACUAAAGCCAAACUUGUGGAGGGAUCACCUGACCUAUGGAAGGUGACCUACAAACGAGAUCUGUCCGCUGCAGAGUCGAUUAUUAAGGAGAGAAUCUCGCAAGAGAUUUGUAUGGUUAUGGACACAAAAGAAGAUACAGAACGUGUGGGCUAUCUUCUUGAAGAAGUGCUAAAAAAAGAAUUAAAUAAUGUGAAAAUUGUGUCUGGUGUUCGGAGUCACGGAGGCAGAGAUAUCCAGCAGAUCACCUUACCACAAUGCUACAAUUUUGUUUGUGUGAAUGGUGCGGCCUCAGAUUUUCCAGAAACCCAGCAGUUACUGAGUGUGCUGGAGCAGAGCAGUCUUUCCAUCUUAUAUCCGGUUGUUGUCGUCUUGGAACUCCCUGAGAUGAAUUGUGAUGGACAUGGAACUGGUGCUGUAUACAGAACUGAUCCUCCCAGGACACUCCUUCCUGGUAGUCAUUCUCUUGAUGAAUAAAGGCUGUUUGUUUUCAGAUAGAAUGGUGUUCUUCUGGCACAGGCAAGUGAAAUGAAUUCAACAACAUUUACCAAAUUUCAUGAAUGAAUUAUUCUUUAGUAUAGGGCUUGGAAUCACUAUUUGUUUCACAUUCUGAGCAGUUUAUUCAAGUUGGUCAGAUGAGCAAAGUUGCUCGUGAACUUCUUUGUCAACACUAUACCAGUAAGUUGGUUUAUAAAACAAUGUGAAAUGCACGAAGGGAAAAAUAAAUGAAACUAGGCAUCUUUGUUAGCUUACAUUAAUUUCAGUCCUAGGUAAGGAGUUGAACAUUUGAUUUUGCUAUUUAGUUUUCCAAAAACAUGUCACAGAAUUUAUCUCACUAUAUUUUUGCACUACUGAAUUCAAUUUGAAUAUUGUUAGGUGGCCUUUGAAAUAAUUCAGUCACCCUCCUUCUUUACAAAGAUGGAACUAAAUACAUCUUCAAUAUAUUAUAUUAUUUUAAAGUUACAUGCUAUAUACAGAUAAGAAAUUAAUAUAGUAUAAAUGAAUAAUAAUACAGAUACAUUAUAUUUUGCAAAUUAAUUAAUUAAUAAUUAAACCUGAAUUUAUUUCCCGUAUUUAAAAGGGCUUUAUUUCAUGGAGAAAAGAGAUUAUUUGGGAAACUUACAUAGUAAAGAUACCAAAUCUGGAAUUAGAAUUCAAGAUACAAAUACUAACUCUACAAAUAACAAGUGAUUUUUAAAGAAUUAUUUAUUUGAAAGGUAUAGAGAGACAGACUGGAAGACAGAAAUCUCUCAUCUACUGGUUCACUUACCAAAUGCCUGCAACAGCUUGGGCCAGGCCAGGAACUCAAUCUGGGUGUCCUACAUGGCUUGGGGACCAAAGUACUUGAGCUGUCAUGUGCUGCCUUCUGGGAAAGUGGGGCAGCCAGGACUUGAACCCAGGCACUCUGUUCAUGAGAUCCAAGCUUCCCAAGUGGUUACUUAAUCAUUACACCAAAUGCCAAUCCCUACAAAUAGUUAAGUGUCUUUUGACCUGUUCAGGUUACUAAAUGUCUAGGAAAUGUAGUCCAGAAACUUUGUUCAUAAUCAGAGUGAGAUGCUCUCGAUGGCAUCGGAGAGGAUUCUCUUUCCACAAAUAUUUUGUAUGCUAGGGAAUGAUGGGGCACUGCUUUAGUUUAAUAUGAUUCGUAGUACAUGGUUCCUAUGUAUAGAUUAAGCAGGGCCAUUCAGAUUUUAACAGUCGUGCUAAUCAUAAAUCAGGUGGGAUGGUACUUCUUUCAAGUAAUUUUUUUUAAAAAGAUUUAUUUAUUUAUUUGAGAGGCAGAGGUACAGACAGAGAGAGAGGUCUUCUAUCUGCUGGUUCACUCCCCAGAUGGCUGUAAUGGCUGGAGCUGAGCCAACCUAAAGCCAGGAGCCGGGAACUUCUUCCAGAUCUCCUAUGUGAGUACAGGGGCCCAAGCACUUGAGCCACCUUCUGCUGCUUUCCCAGGCCAUUAGCAGAGAGCCGGAUUAGAAGAAGAGCAGCUGGGACUCGAACUAGUGCCCCUAUGGGAUGCCGGUGCCACAGGCAGAGGUUUAACCUAUUAUGUCACAGUCACCAGCCCCUCAUGUAAUGAUUGAGACCUUCUAUUCUUUGAUUGUUAACAAGAGUCAUGGGUUAUUUUAAGCCUUUCUCUUAUGUUAGUCCCGUUCCAAUGUAUUUUUUAAAGAUUUAUUUAUUUAUUUACUUUGAAAUUCAAAAUUGCACAGAGAGAAGGAGAUGCAGAGAGAGACAGGGAGAUCUUCCAUCUGCUGAUUCACUCCCCAACUGGCCACAGCUGCCAGAGCUGCACUGAUCCGAAGCCAGGAGCCAGGAGCUUCCUCUGGGUCUUCCCAUGUGGGUGCAGGGGCCCAAGCACUUUGGCCAUCUUCUACUGCUUUCUCAGGCCACAGCAGAAAGCUGGAUCGGAAGUUGAGCUGGGUCUCGAACCGGUGCCCAUAUGGGAUGCUGGCACUGCAGGCUAUGGCUUUACCCACUACACCCCUGUGCUGGCCACUUUUUUUUUUUUUUUUAACUUUUCAAACUCACUUAGAGACAGAGAGGCAGGUAGAAAGAUAGACAGAGUGCCCUUCUGCUGGUCCAUUCCCCAGAUGCCAGCAAUAGCCAGGGCUGGGCUGGCUGGAAGCCAGGAACUAGGAACUCAGUCCAGCUUUCCCACCUGAAUGGUACAGACCUGAUUACUUGAACUACCACUGCUGCCUCCCAAGAUCUGGAUUUGCAAGGAAGCUGGAGUCAGGAGCUAAAGCCAGGAAUUGACCUCAGGUACUCCAGUGUGUGAUGUCAGCCUCUUAACCAGUAAGCCCAAUGCCUACCCUUCCCCCUCCCCCACCCCCACCCAGGACUAUUUUGAACAUAUUUUCUACAUUUCUCAUUAGUAGGUACCAGUAAAUUAAGCAUCCCAGCAUGUAAUUUCAGAAUCUCAUAUAAUUAAACCUCUGGUGCUUAAAGAAUUCGAUUUUCUACUUUUCAAAAGCAUCAGACAGAAGCCUGCUGCAAGCAGAGUUCAAACCAAAGAAUGUUUUUUUAUCAUGAAGUUUUUUGUUCUGAUUCCACUACAUUUCUAUACUGGUAAAAGAAUGAUUCAAGCUUUCCAGAACACUGCAAAAGUAAUCUCUUUCUAGCUGUAGAUUUUUAUCCUAAGGGAGCAGCACUGAGACUUACUAAUAUUCUUACCAUCUUCCUGCCUGCUAAUGAGUCAACCCAUAGAAUAUGGUUUUUUCCCUAUUUUUUUUCAGAACAUGAAGUAUUAGUACAGAAAAUAUUUCAUAAAAAAGCAUGAUCCAUCACUCAGACACUACGUAAGAGUUGGCAAAGUCAUUGUAUUAUAAAAGAUAUAUUUUUUAAAUUGCAUAUAUGCCUGGAAUUCUGUGUGAUAUUAAACGUCAUGUAUUAAGGAAGCCAUAGAGGUGUCUAAUGUGUCUUUUCAAAUCAGCUUUAGGAUAGCAGCUUCUGCAUCAACACACACACACACACACACACACAAACAGCAAGCUUUUGCACACGAAUAAAAUCUUCCCACUUGUACUCUGCCAACAAGUUUGAGAUACUCAACUGCCUGUUCAACCUUGAGAAACAAGAAGAUUCUCAUCCAGUGUUGCUCUUACUGUUACUCAUCUGCUUCGGGAGACAAAACUGGAGAUUAUACUUACUUCCUCUCUCUCAUUUGACCAAACACCAGUUUUCCAUGCCUGAGUUUUUUAACUGUAUCUUGAUUCCACAUCUGCUCAUUCCCUCUACAACUCCUUGACUUAGUCAGUUACCUCCUUAACUGAGUAUCUGAGAAGCAACACAAGUUGAUUUCUCCCAGUUCUGGGGCCUGGGUGUCUCAGGUCAGGGUGCCAGGAUGGUUGGGUUCUGUUGAGGGUCCUUUCCAGGAUGUCAACUUCCAUCUUCCUGUGGUAUCCUUUAGGUGGCAAAAAGACAACAGGCUACCUCUCCAGGCUCUUGUUAUAAAGGCACUAGUCCCAUUCACAAGGGCUCCAUAUUCAUGACCUAAAUACCUCUUGGAGGUUCUACCUCCUAAUACCAAUACUGCUGGGAUCAGGAUGUCAGCCUACAGAUCUUGGGUCAUUAACACUCCCUUGUUCUUAGCCACCACAACUACUUGGACUGCUGCACUGCAGUGAUGAUCUCUGAACUAAACCCAAAGCACCAGGAAAUCCGUCACUUAAUCUGUUCCUCCUGCACUGCUUCCAGAAUGUGUGCAAUGCUGACCACAUCGCUUGCUACUGGGCAAGGCUGCUCCAUGAUGUCCAACUGGAGAAGCCCCAGCUUGACCUCAGGCUGGACUGGUCGGCAGCCUCAGCCUUGACCAAGGUCUGGUAGCUUCUGUUUCAGGCUCACCCCUGGCUCUUUGCUGUUCUGACUACUCUCUGUGCUCUUCCAUCUAGGGGAAGAAGCUGUUCCUCCCACAUCGCCAAGCAGGACCCCAUCAGUUUCCAGAUCUCAGUUUCCCCUCACAUCCUGGAGGAGAACUGUCCAGGCUAAUUUGCCUCUUCCUCUGGCUGAGGUUCUGAAGCUUCAGGGAGACAGACCAGAGUUCAGUGAUGUCUCUGCCUCUGGAGCACUUCCCCUGCCUAACGCGGGCACUUGAUUAAGCUCUUAGCACUCUCAUUUUAGGAAAUAAAAAUAGACAAAUAAAGCUAUUUCCUUAACUGAGUAAAGUAAUCUGAAUAAAUCUAAGAAUAAUUAGCUUAUUACAAACACUUCAGUUAAGUGAAGUUUCAUGUGGGACAGAAUGCUUGUCCCAUGGGUGUUUAAUUAAUAGUUUCUGAGUGUACAUCAAACAGUCUAUUAGGUAGUAGAGAGAAUGGUAUGACAAGACUGGUUAAAAUCACCUAAGUGUCUUCUUGGAAUAUUCCGAGUAUUUCCUUUGGAGAGAGUCUCUUGGGAGAGCACUAUCUGUCUUCCACCUUCAUGGGUUUGUGGUAGUGACUGACUAAUGAGCUGUUGGCUCCACCAGCAAGAAUCCAACUGAGUUCCUGGUCUCUGGAGGUGGAACUCCAAUGCACCUAUAAUUCUCAGAACCCUCCCAAUGAAUGUGGCCUGCAAGUGCUUCCUUUUAGGGUGAUGGUGUCAACAUCAGCAAUAGGAGACGCUUGUUGAAUGCUUGACAAAAUGAGUCACCGUCCUUUUAAAGUAAAUGAUCUCAUUUAAUCCUCAGAGCAAUCCUGGGAGUUGAUUAUCAUAGACACAGUUAUCCCCAGUUUAAAAAUAAGCAAGUUCUCAUUUCACUCUGCCAUGUAACUGCUAUUGUUAUUGUCUGUGCACGUCCUUUUUGAUCAAUGGAAACCUAUGUAGCUGGAGGAGAAAGGAUCUUAGGAAAUCAUUUAGUAGAAUACUCUCAUUUUACAAGUCCUUUCUUUGCCUGGGUGUGAGAUAAUUUCUUUAAUUAGAAGUGAGAAAAUUUUGCAUAUAGAGGGCCAGAGAGUAAACAUUUUAGAUUCUGUGAAUAAUAUAGUCUUUGUUACUAUGACUUAACUGUACAGUUGUGCAGCCAAAGUAGCCGCAGGCUUAUAUGUAGAAGAAUGAAUGCGGCUGUAUUCCAAUAAAACUUUAUUGACAAAAUAGGCAGCAGGCCAGAUUUGGUCCAUGGGUAAUAUUUCGCUGAUCUUGGUUUAAAUUUUCAACACUAAACAGCCUUUGUACCCAUACCUAAAAUGCAAAGGAACUUCAAAAGUUCAUGUAAAAUGCAAUUAAUAGAUUUAUUUGGGGGGAUGGAAAAACGUUGCAAUCCAGGCAUGGUGUUAAGUAACAUGUGUUUCCCAUGAAGUUUUGUUUUUUCUUUUAAGAUUUGUUUGUUUAUCUGAAAGAGUUACACAGAGAGGAAGAGAGGCAGAGAGAGAAAGAGAGGUCUUCUAUCCACUAGUCCACUCCUCAAUUGGCCACAACUGCUGGAGCUGUGUUGAUCUGAAGGCAGGAGCCAGGAGCUUCUUCCAGGUCUCCCACACGGUUGCAGUGGCCCAAGCACUUGUGCCAUCUUCUGCUGCUUUCUCAGGCCAUAGCAGAGAGCUGGAUCAGAAGUGGAGCAGCCGGGACUAGAACAGGUACCCAUAUGGGAUGCAGGAACUGCAGGAUUUACCUGCUGCACCACAGUGCCGGCCCCGCCCCAUGAAGUUUCUGAAGACCCCUUGGAUGCAUGGAUUGCAAUUUUUUGGACCAAAAUAAAUUUAUAUUUUAUCUUCCUUUCUUCAUGAACUUCUGGAAGUAUUCUUGCACCGGUUAGACAUUUCCUAAAUAGACUUAUGCUGUCUGCAUCAUCUCAUUGCAUGAUUUAAGGUAUUAACCAUAAUGUCUGCUUCGCUUUAAUUUCUAAUCUUUGUGAUUCCUCACCGUUGUGGCAGAAAUAUUCAAAGGUUUGCAGUUUAAAAUCUUGAAUUCUGCUUCCCUCCAAGAAUUGUCCACCCAUCUAAACUCUAUUUUAGGUUUGACAUCACUAUAGGUACCAUCAGAGUCUUUACUGAUUGGAACUGUGUCAAAUAGCUGAAACCUUCCACAAGCUCACAUCCCCUAUGGACCUUGCCUGGUGAACAGUUUGCCCUCUGUUAACACCAUACUUCCUGUACUUCUCCACAUGCACCAUGUUACGGGACAUAUCUGUAUUUGUACCCAUGUGGUUUUCUACCUUGUUCGAUUUUGCCAUUGUUCUGUUGCCUGAUUCUUCAAAUCUGAGGCAUGAUGAGACCCCUUGGGGUCUUUCCCUAAUAUUUUUGUGCAUGUGGUUCUUUCCCACUUCCAAACUUAGCAUGUGUAAAGCUCAGAAAUGCCUUCUGACUUGACCUUCAGAGCUCUGUCGCCUCCCACCCUGUCCCAGUCUAGGGCUGCUCAGUGUUGAGUGGUGACUUGCAGAAAUGAAGGAGGUAGGGUGUGAGGAAAUAAAACAGAAACUGUAACACAAUGAGUGGGUUCAUUCUGUGAAUGACACUAGUACUGCUCUUUCUGAGUUCCUUUGGCAUGACUUCCCAUGUACAAAUUUAGACUGUAUGAAUGUUGCUGUCUUGAUUUUGUUAGCCUCCUUUCUAUUGUAUUUUUUUUUUUAAUUUCUUUUUAUUUGGAGGACAGAGUCAGAGAGAGAGAGAGAGAAAGGUAUCUUCCAUCCUCUAGCUUAUUCCCCAAAUACACACAACAGCCAGGGCUCAUUAGGCUGAAGCUAAGAGCCGGGAACUCCAUGCAGGAAAUCCAUGGGUGGCAGGGACCCAAAGGUGUCCAUUAGCAAGAAGCUGGAUUAGAAGUGUAGUAGCCGAGCCUUGAAGGAGAUACUCAUAUAGAAUACGGACAUCCCAAGUGACAACUUAACUACUGGAUCAAAUUCUCACUCCAAGUAGACUUCAAUUUUAAAAUUUUACAUUUUUCAUUUUAAAAUCAUAAUUGCCUAGUUUACAGAUAACUGUUUUUAGUUUUUGCAAAGUAUGUAUAUUUUUAAAAGGUUUAUAUAUUUAUUUGAAAGGCAUAAAGACAGAGAGGGAGACACAAAGAGAUCUUCCAUCCACUGGUUUACUCCCCAUGUCACUGAAGCCGGGGGCCAGGAAUUCCAUUGUUGUCUCCCACAUGUGUGGCAGGAGGCCAAGGACUUGAGCCAUCAUCUCCUGCCUUCCCAGGUGUGUUAGCAGGAAGCUGAAUCAGAAGCAGAGUAGGUGGUACUUGAACCACGCAUUCUAGUAUAGUAUGUCCCAAGCAGGGACUUAACCACUGCACCAAAUACCUACACUAAGUGUAGGUCAGUUUUUGAAUUUUCCUUUUUUUUUUUUUGCUUUUUGGUAAGAUUUUUUUCAUUUUAAAAUCAUAAUUGUCUAGCUUAAUGAUACCUGUUUUUUGUUUUAUGAAACAUACCUUAUGGAUUGCUUGUGUCUUAUUUUUAAUAUUUUCUGUAUGUGCUCUAAAAACAUAGCAUUAAUUUUUUAAGUGUUUCUCAUUCCUGAAUGGGACUUUUUUUGUCCCCAAACUGGAAAUUAGAGAAUGAUUCUCAAACAUUUUUUGGAGGAAGCUCCUUUAUUAUUUCUUCAAGUUAAAUUUCUAAGUGGUAUACUGACUGCUAUUUUUAGCAAACAAAAUAUUAUACUUAUGAGCACUAAUGGUCCUUCUUAACUAAAAUUUUAACACUUAUGUAUAUGUUUAUGUAUAUGUUUACAAUUAAAUAUUUUGAUGAAGACAAAAGAUUAAAAUCAAAGCUGGGGCUGGUGCUAUGGUGUAGUAGGUAAAGCUGCCACCUGCAGUGCUGGCAUCCCACAUGGGUGCUGGUUCAAGACCUAGCUACUCCACUUCCAAUCCAGCUCUCUGCUAUAGCCUGGGAAAGCAGUAGAAGAUGGUCCAAGUCCUUGGGCCCCUGCACCCGCAUGGGGAGACCUGGAGGAAGCUCCUGGCUCCUGGCUUCGGAUUGGUGCAGCUCCAGCCGUUGUGGCCAAUUGUGGAGUGAACCAGUGGAUGGAAGACCUCUCUCUCUCUCUCUGCCUCUCCUCUCUCUGUUUAACUCUGACUUUCAAAUAAAUAAAUAAAUAAUCUUUUUUAAAAAAAUAAAUCAAAGUUACAGAAUAGUAGUUGAAUUUUCGUUUCUGUUAAUUUCUGUAUUUUAUUUGGAUUAUAUAUUAGCCUGAUUGAUCUGUUGGAUGUUAAUAAGAUCAGUGAAGGAGGAUUUUUGCUUGUGAUUUUCUUCAGUUAAAUGGGUCCAGAAGCUCGCAAAUGAGGAACGUGUGUGCCCUUGUCACAAAUUGGAAGUCAAACAAAACUUAUAUAUAUAUUUUUUGACAGGUAGCAGUGAGAAAGAGAGAGAGAGACAGAGAGAAAGGUCUUCCUUUUCCGUUGGUUCACCCCCCAAAUGGCCGCUACGGCUGGCGCACUGUACCGAUCUGAAGCCAGGAGCCAGGUGCCUCUCCUGGUCUCCCAUGUGGGUGCAGGGCCUAAGCACUUGGGCCAUCCUCCACUGCCUUCCUGGGCCACAGCAGAGAGCUGGACUGGAAGAGGAGCAGCCGGGACAGAACCGGCGCCCUGACCAGGACUAGAAUCCGGAGUGCCGGUGCCACAGGCAGAAGAUUAGCCUAGUGAGCUGCUGCGCCAGCCAACAAAACGUAAUUUGUAAUAUAAAAGUUUACAGGAUUUCAGGAUAGUGUGACAUUUGGUGCAUUGAUUUAUUGUUGCUUAGCUUCCUGUUGUGACAGCUGUGGCCAGGUUCAGGAGCUGAGCUGCGGCUCUGCCCCCACGGGAACUCAGUGGAGUUGGGCGCCACACUGUGAUGGUGGCAUCCUCGGACUUUUUUGUGCACACACAGAGUGCUCUUGAGUUAUAAACCAAAAAACAGCAUUUUUCAACCUAUGUUUUGCAGUUUUUCAACUCUAGGUGUGGAAUUCAGGUCCGUUUUGAAUCUUAUGUUUCUCCACCUAUCUUUUGAGUACAUGGGAAUCAGUUACAACAAGAGUUUUAAUGUCCUUUCCUGCUGAUUCUAACAUCUGCAGUAGAUCAUGGUCAAGUGUGAAGUAUGCAUCUCCUCUUCAUGGGUGAUAAUUCCCUCCUCUCGCUGCCCGGGCACUGUUUUAUCUGUGUGUGCUUAAAGGGUUUGGAUAGGUAGAUUUAACAUUUCAUCCAAUUUGGAAUGGUUCCAGCUUUAUAUUUUUAGAUUUUUUCUUUCUGUUUUCUUCCCACCUCAUUUAGGAAGUCCAGUGACCUGUAUGUCAUGGUGUUUGAAACUGAUCGUUGAUGAUUUUUUUUUUUUUCAGUCUUCCUUCCCCACCUGAUUGCUGCUCCAUUUUCAAUAGUUUCUGUUUAAGUUCUGGGAUCUCUUGUGCUGCAUUAUCUAAUCUGCUGUGAAUCCUCUUCAGUAACAUUUUGUUUUGUUUUUAAAGAUUUGUUUCAUUUAUUUGAAAAGUAAAGGUAGAGAGAGAGAGAGAACAGAGAGAGAGAGAGUGAGAGAGAGAGAGAGAGGAAGGGGCAGAGAUUUUACAUGUGUUGGUUGUCUCCCAAAUGACUGCAAUGGCUAGGGCUGCAUCAGACGAAGCCAGGAGAGCCAGGAGCUGCUUCUGGGAUUCCCACGUGGGUGCAGGGGCCCAAGCACUUGGGCUAUGCUCUGUUGCUUUCCCAGACGAAUUAACAGGGUGCUGGAUCGGAAGUGGAGCAACCAAGACUUAAACUGAUGCCCAUGUGGGAUGCCUAAGUCUCAGGCAGUGACUUUACCUGCUACAUCACAAUGCCAGCCCCAGUAUUUUUGUUUUGAAAAUAUAAGGUGUAGUUUUCAUCUCUAGAAUUUUGAUUCUGUUCUAUUUUUUCAUCUUUGCUAUUCUGUACUUAACUUGUUGUCUUUCAUACAUAUUUUUGAACAAUUGGGACACUGGUAAUAUAAUACUGUGUUAAAUUCUAGUAUCAGCUCUGGAGUGGUUUUGAUUCAUUAAUUUUCUCCCAUAAAUGAGUUGCAUUUUCUAAUUUUUUAAUGACUGAUUUUUAUUUAAAGAUUCAUUUAUUUAUUUGAAAGUCAGAGUUACACACAGAGAGAAGGAAAGGCAGAGAGAGAGAGAUCUUCCAUCCGCUGGUUCACUCCCCAGUUGGCCACAAUGGCUGGAGCUGUGCUGAUCUGAAGCCAGGAGCCAGGAGCUUCUUCUGGGUCUCCCAUGUGGGUGCAGGGGCCCAAGGACUUGGACCAUCUUCCACUACUUUCCCAGGCUAUAGCAGAGAGCUGGAUUGGAAGUGGAGCAGCCAGCCGGGACUCGAACUGACAUCCAGAUUGGAUGCUGGUGCUUCAGGCGGAGGAUUAACCCACUGCGCCACUGCACCAGCCCUGCCCGAUAUUUUUGAUUAGCUGCUAUGCAUUGUGAUUUUUAACUUGCCAGGCGCUGGAUAUUUCUGUAUUCUUAUGAAUACUUUUGGACUUCAUUCCAGGAUGUAGUUAACUGAAAGCACUUUGAUACAUUGCUUUCAUUUUUAUGACUUUUUAGUUAGGAAUCAUUUGUCCACUUAGUUUAGGGCUAUUUAUUCCCCACAAGUAAGACUUGACCCUUCUUAGUAUUCUAUAUGAUGAAAUGAAAUGAAAUGAAAUUGAGACAUUGGCACUGUGGGCAAUUAGGUAAGGGGCCCAUGUCCCACCUUGUGGUACCUGGGUUUGGUUGCAGUUUGCUUGUUUGAUUAUAGUACCCAGCUGUGCUCCUGAGUCUAGAUUCCUGCUAGUGUAGACCCUGGGAGGCAGCAGUGAUGGCUCCAUUGGUUGGGUUCCUGCCACCCACAUGAGGGACCUAGAUUGAUUUUUUUUGGCUCCUGGCUUUGGUUUGGCCAACCCCUGGCUGUUGCAGUUUGAGGAGUCUUCCUAUUUCUCACUGUGUCUCUGCCUCUCAAAUAAAUAAAUAAAAUAAAAUAAGGUAAAUAAAACAAAUCUUUUCCUGUGCUGACACAUGGCUAGCACCAUGGUGUCAAUCCUGGGUGUACAUCAGGCACUGUUCCUUCUAAUCCUUUUGGGUGGUUCUUGUCCCAUCCUCAGCUGACUUUGGCUUGUGUGUGUAUUGAUCACUAGUUCUCUCUCUGUGCAGCUGUGUCCUCUCAAGUACCUUGUCCUGUGAACUCGACCCACAGUAGUCUCACAGACUCUCAACCUCAUCUCUCAACUCCCAGAGAUGUAGCCUAAAGGUCUUGCAGUGCAGUAGGCUGAAACUGUUUGAAGAUAGUAAGGUGGGGCCUAUGUAGGGCUUGCAUCAUUUUUUUCCCUUUUAGGCAUUAUUCUUUCUUCACUCUAUGAUGUAUAUGUCUUUUUUUAAAAAAAAAUUAUUAAUUUGAAAGGCAGAGUUACAGAGAGGCAGAGAGACAGAGAGAGAGAAGUCUUCCAUUCACUGGUUCACUCACCAUUUGGCCGCGACAGCUGGAGCUGGGCUGAUCCAAAGCCAAGAGCCAGGAGCUUUCUCUGGGUCUCCAACAUGGGUGCAGGGGCCUAAGGAUUUGUGACAUCUUCUGCUUUUCUAGACCAAAGCAGAGAGCUGGAUCGGAAAUGGAGCAGCCAGGACUCGAACCGGUGCCCAUAUGGGAUGCUGGCACUAUAGGCGGCAGCUUUACUUGCUAAGCCAUAGCACCUGCCCUGAUGUAUAUGUCUUUAAAAUAGUUUUCUCAUAUACUAAGAUAAUUUUGGUCCCUGUCACCCUGCUGCUCACACUUGGGCAGUAAAGAACUGAGCUGAUGUCAAUUUUGAGUUGUUUGAGUUUUGUACAUCCACUCUUCACUCACCGUGAAUGUAUUUCAGGAAUGUAUUUCAUUUACCAGUAAGGGAAAGCUCAAUUUGUGUCCCCUCAGAUGUCAUGUAAUUUUGCCUAUUGCAGUUCUAAUUGCUCACAGCAGGAUUUUUAGUAGUGCCAUUCAGGCAGGAAUGAAAGUUCCUGGGCAGUACAGGUAGGUAAGAUAGUGGCCAGAACUCCCAAUGGGAGGUCUGAUGGCUUCUUUCAGUGAAGUUGCAAAAGAUAACCACUACCUUUCUGAAAUUUCCCAUUUCUAUUCUAAUAGUUUUUGCGAAGAGAUCAAAUUGUGUAUUAUUUGUGUCUAAUAAUGUUAGCCAAAUAAAUCAGUGAUUCAUAUUAGUAAUUGGGAUUGCUUUUAACUGUUGAUGGCAGUUAAAGCUGGUACAAUUGUUAAUUGAGUUGAUUGUAGGUGAAUGUAAUUAUGCACUAGCAAUCAUUAAAUAUUUUCUUAGAGUAGAGACUGCUUUAUGAAGUAGUUUGAAGAAAUGUUUAUUUUCUGAUUGUAAACAAUUAUUUUUAAGUGAUUUUCCUAAUGACUUGAAAAUGCAGCAUUUUGGUUUCAUUAAUCUUUGAUCUUGUUAAUGAAGGCUUGAAAAAAUAUGUGUACACACAUAUAACAUUUGUACUGAUAUUAUAAAACUCAUUUAAUUUUUAGUUCUUUGCAUCAAAUGAAACAUUUAAAUCUUUUGUAUGGUUAAUGACUUAAUGUGAAGUACUAUUUACUAUCUUGUGUUAAAUGCCAUUAUUUCUCAACCUACUAGUUUUGCGUGUGUGUGUGUGUGUGUGUGUGUAAAGAUUUGUAAAUGAGUUGUUUAGCAUUUGUUCUGUUUCCACGGUUGUUUAUAACAUAAUUAGUUUCUGUUCAUCAGAAUUAUGUGCUGACUUUUAUGAUGAUGUUGAUUUAAAUUUGCCCUAUUUUAAUGAAUUGGUUCAAUCUUAUAGAAUUGUUCUUUCUUCUUUUUAAAAGCCCAUUUCAUUAAAGAACUUUCAUUAAUAGAAUUCACAUAAUUCAUAGCAAUUUAAGGAAAGAUGAAAGUUUUUCUAAUUUUUUCCCUAAUUCUUAAGAUAAACUCCUAUUUUGAUCUUUAGUUUCUUCUGUUAUGAGAGUUCUGUCAUAGCUCCUUUGAGAAGCAAUGCUUUGGAGAUGUUGGGCCUAAUUUGCAUGAUUUAUUUUCUAUGCCCACAGGUGUUUCACUCUGUAGUAUUUAUGGUAUAGGUUCAGGGAAUGUCUGUGACAUGUCUACCUGUUCUCCCUAAUGCAUUUAUUUGACAGUUACAACUUUCUGGAGUGAACACCCUUCCUUCCUCUUUGGUGUGCAUCAGACAAUGCCUUAUUUGGGCAUAGACUAAGCCUCACAGAUUGGCUUUCUUCUGAGUCACAAAAACAGGCAGUGUAUUUACCCCCAUACUAUAAUCCUGACUCCCUUUCCAGUAAUGGGGACACUGGAAUGAGAUGGCAGUGCUCAGUGUGGGGUUUAGAGAUCAUUGUGUACUAUAUUUAGUUAUAGACCCCUUGCACCUGCCCUCCCAGACAACUGAGAAUCACUUGUUUGUUAAUGUAUAUAUAUAUAAAAGAAAAUCAAAAGGAACUCACCUGGGACCAGAAAUACACUGAAUGGUUGCUAGACAGAUCUAAAGCAUGUGCAGGGUGGAGUGUGGGAACACAGGAGACAGAGGGCAGCCUUCUCCACACCCUGCCUUCCAGAAACCUCGCCUACCCACAAGGCCACUAAGCCAUCCACAUGUUCUAUGUUUAAGCAGUCCACCAGCUUAUGGGAGUGAAUUCACUGCCUCUCAUCGACAUGAAAUUAGACAUACUUUUUUGGAGAGGGUAGAAAGAUAAUCCUUAUCUUCUUUAUGCUUGUGUGAAAACUGUUCAAAAUGUCAUGCUAAUUGAGAAAUGUUUCUCUGCAAUUUCCAUGUAAUUAAUUAGGGAACAGCACAAAAAGAGAUUAAAAAAAAAUACGCACUUCAUGUAACCGUAAGCAAAUCUGCAGAGCUCAGCCUAGACAAAAUAUUUUGCGACUUUUCACUGUAUACAAAGAUGCAUAGGAUGGAAGCUUGUUUUAUCAAGGCAAAACAUUUACAUUUCUCCUAAGUUUGCAUGAUCAUUUUCCAACCUUCAGCUGUGUAUAAACCUCCCCUGAUUUUUUAAAAUUAAAAUUGAUUGUGGUUUUUAUUUUAUAUACCAAAAUAUUUUUUUCCCUGGAACUCAUAAUUGGUUAUGUGUUUUAGAAGUUCAAAAUUAGUAGCAGUACAAGUAUGUAAAGUAUAUGCUUAAAUUUCAUGGUACUGGAUGGAACUUUUGCUCGAGAGUGUCUUCUGUUUUUUGUGAUGUCAUCACGCCUUUACCUGCAGUAAAGGAAUUUCGAGAUGCAUCCAACUGCUUCAUGCUUACGUUUUGUUAAUGUGAGUAUGUAUUUGUAAGACUAAGAUACAUAUCUGUAUUUCUUUUAAAGUUGACUGUAUAAACUAGCAAUGCUUUUAGCCUGUAGUCAAGUAUUCAGGAAAAGGACUUGUAACAUUUCUCUUAUGUCUUGGAUACGUCAUGUCUUAAACUUUCCAUAUAAGUUUAAGUACUUGGUUUGAUGGCAUAACAUAGAAAUCAAGCAGUUUGUAGCAGUAUGAAUUGUUGGCUCGUUACUCACUUUUAUGUACUAUUUUCCUUAAUUGAUGAAGUCUAUCAUUAGCAGCAGUGUCCUACUGAAGGAACAGCUUUAAUUGCUCAAGCACGGACAAGAACAGGGAAGACACUCUCUUUUGCCAUUCUCUUGAUUGAAAGGCUCCAAAGAAAUCAAGAACCAGUAUAAAAAAAAAAAAGCCGCUCACCAAGGGAUGUUUGGGCUCCAACAAGGGAUGUGGCAAACCAAGUAGCCAAAGACUUCAAAGCUCUAUCUAGAAAACUCAGUGCAGCAUGUUUUUAUGGUGGAACAUCAUAUCAAAGCUAGAUUACUCAUAUGCAAAAUGAUAUUGACAUCUUGGUUGGGAUGCUUAGUUGCAUCAAAGACCAUUUGCAGAGCAGUCAGUUGGAUCUUUCCAAGCUACACCAUGUUGUGCUUGAAGAAGUGGAUCAAAUGUUAGAUUAGGUUUUGCUGAGCAAGUUGAAGAUUUUAUCCAGGGAUCCUACAAAACUGAUUUUGAAGACAAUCCUCAGACUUUACUUUCUUCUGAAACUUGCCCUAUACAAAACUGCAAAAAAAAUACGAAA